AUACCCAUGUCGCGCGAAGAUAACGUGUACCUUGCCAAGCUGGCCGAGCAGGCCGAGCGCUACGACGAGAUGGUCGAGAGCAUGAAGAAGGUUGCUGCCGAGGAGCAGGAGCUGUCUGUCGAGGAGCGCAACCUGCUGUCUGUUGCUUACAAGAACGUGAUCGGCGCGCGGCGGGCGUCGUGGCGCAUCAUCUCGUCAAUUGAGCAGAAGGAGUCAUCGAAGGGCAACACUGAGCACGUCGAGAUUGUGGCGAAGCAGCGCAAGGUGGUUGAGAAGGAGCUGGCAGACAUCUGCAAGGACAUCCUGGCCGUGCUGGACUCGAGCCUGAUUGGCAGUGCGUCGACCGGCGAGUCGAAGGUGUUCUACCUGAAGAUGAAGGGCGACUACUACCGCUACCUGGCCGAGUUCGAGACCGACGCGGCGCGCAAGGACGCAUCGGAUAAGUCGCUGGAGGCGUACAAGCAGGCGUCGGAGACGGCCACGGCGGAGCUGGCGCCGACCCAUCCGAUCCGGCUGGGCCUGGCCCUCAACUUCUCGGUGUUCUACUACGAGAUCUUCAACUCUCCCGAGCGCGCGUGCCACCUGGCGAAGCAGGCAUUCGAUGAUGCUAUUGCCGAGCUCGACACAUUGUCUGAGGACUCGUACAAGGACUCGACGCUGAUCAUGCAGCUGCUGCGGGACAACCUGACGCUGUGGACCUCGGAUAUCCAGGACUCUACCGACGCCGCGCCCAAGGACGGUGCCGAGGAGUCUGAGGACAAGGCCGAGGAG